CCUAUAGAAAUGCCGGCUUACCACUCUUCUCUCAUGGACCCUGAUACCAAAUUCAUUGGAAACAUGGCACUGUUGCCUAUCAAAAGUCAGUGCAAAGGACCUGCCCCUAGAGAGACAAAAGAUACAGAUAUUGUGGAUGAAGCCAUCUAUUACUUUAAGACCAAUGUCUUCUUCAAAAACUAUGAGAUUAAGAAUGAAGCUGACAGAACCUUGAUACAUAUAACUCUCUACAUUUCUGAGUGUCUAAAGAAACUCCAAAAGUGCAAUUCCAAAAGCCAAGGUGAAAAAGAAAUGUAUAUGCUGGGAAUCACUACUUUUCCCAUUCCUGGAGAGCCUGGUUUUCCACUUAAUGCAAUUUAUGCCAAACCUGCAAACAAACAGGAAGAUGAGGUGAUGAGGGCCUACUUACAGCAGCUGAGACAAGAGACUGGACUGAGACUUUGUGAGACAGUUUUUGACCCUCAGAAUGAUAAACCUAGCAAGUGGUGGUCUUGCUUUGUGAAGAGACAGUUCAUGAACAAGAGUCUUUCAGGACCUGGACAGUGA